AUGUGGAUACUCCCUCUUGUCGGUUAUACAGGAGUGUUGCUCGGCUUUGGCUUCCUUACCCUUGCCAUAGCCAGCGGACUUUACUACCUUUCCGAACUGGUAGAAGAGCACACCGUCUUCGCCCGCAAACUCCUCACGCGCCUCAUCUACGCCAUCAUCGCCAUCCAGACCCUCCUGACCCUGAUCGACCGCUUCCCCCUUGUCCUCUCCCUCGUGAGCAUAGCCAGCCAUGGCGUCUACAUGGGCAACCUGCGCCAUUUCCCCAUUGUCAAACUGACCGAUCCCGUCUUCAUCCUUUCCUGCGGCAAGCUGCCCCGAGACCCGCGGCCCCUGUCCGAGUGCGUCGAAUUGACGGAAUACUUAGUCCUCGUCCUCGCCAACCACUUCCUCUGGUUCCGCCACUUCUCUACUCCCCCGUCGCCCUCUUCAUCGUCUCGCUAUCCAUCAUCCAUCUACGACCGUCCCGAGAUGCCCACCUUCACCGAAAUCGCGUCCUACUUCGGUAUCUGUGUCUGGCUAGUCCCGUUCGCCCUCUUCGUCUCGCUAAGCGCGGGUGAGAACGUGCUCCCGAGUAUGGGCAGUGAGUACGCCACUGGGGGCAGUCUAGGCACAAGCGAAGGGAGCUUGGGCGGCGGUGGCGAUGGGAGAACCAGGAGGAAAAAGGGGUUGGUGAAAGCUGCGGUCGAUUGGGUCGUUGAGUGGGUUGGAGAAACUGGAGGAUUACUAGGACUUUGGAGGGGAGACAAAAUCAGGAAAUUCUAG